AUGUGGUGCCCCAGGCAUUUAACAGCCGAGGGCGCCCUUCAUUGUAGGCUCGUCGCAUAUGGAAUUGACCUUCUCUUUGCCAUCGCUAUCGUUUCCAAUCUUGAUGAACAGUCGGAAUGGGGAUGGAAUGUCGAGAGACGGCGUUUCAUUGAUCAACCUGCAACGCAAGAGGAAGAUUUUGGUGAUAUCCCAGAUGUCCUUGUGAAAUGUGACAAUAGAGAGAUGAGAGUUGUUUGUCUCGAGUGUGCUGCAGGAACGGGGAGGCUCUAA